GAUAUUCUUAAUCAGCAAUAUAAGUUGUACUCAUCCCUGUCACAAACCCUUUCUGAUGUUCGAAUGGUCCAGUCACUCAUACCAAUUUGGGAGGAAUUUGAGAGAACUGGAAUGCAUACGGAAACCAUAUCGUCUGAUCCCGAAAAACCGAGCCCGCAGAAUGGUUUGAGUGCAUUAUCGAAUAAAAUAGAGUUUGAAAACAAGCUAUCGGAAUUGUGUGAUGCAGGAAAUUCCUUACCUUGUACUCCUGUCAAUAAUGAUCAAAUGUUAUCACAAUCUGUAAGAUCUUCAAGUGAUGGCAAAGACGUGAUUGAAAGUAGCAAACAUGUACAGUCAUCAAACAAAAUGGAUAUUGUGUCAUCACAGUGCCGCUAUAGGCAGAAGAUCUUCAAGUUUCAUCAUCAUCACUUCCGUCGAUCUUCCGUCGAUCACCAUUAA